ACCACAUCCACAUUUUCUUUCCAGAUUUCUCUCUCUAGUCUUUACAUCUUCAACUAAAUCCCACCAUUAUUUCCGGUAAGUUACUCACCGGAAAUCACCCAAAACAGUUUUCAGUCUUUUGACCUCGUAAUGCUACCAAAAACUGACCCUCCGUUACUAAAAUCAAAAUCAUUUUCAGACCAUUCUUCUUCUUAUUAUUACUGCUCUUCAAUUCAGACUUUCCUUUCAACUCAUCCACGUUCAUGGAUUCUUCUAUGUAUAUUAUCACUCCAAAUAUUUCUCCUUUUCUGUAUUUACUCACUCCCAGUUUCUUUCUCUUUUCAUCAUUUUCCACCACCACUAGUAAACACCUCCUCCGUCAUUACUACCCCCCAAACCACCGCAACCACCACAGCAAUCAUCAAAGAAGAAGAGGAUAUCCCAAUCCCAACUCCAACCCAAACUAAUGAUAUAUGCAGUGACGGGAGAGUAUAUGUAUAUGAGCUGCCAAAAAUGUUCAACAGAGAAUUAUCAGAGAAAUGUGAUGAGUUAAAUCCAUGGAAUUCACGUUGUGAAGCUAUUUCCAAUAAGGGGUUAGGUCGUAAAUAUACAACAAAUGAUGGGCGAAUCAUUGGUAAAGUAAUUCCUGAUAAACUUAAAUCUUCAUGGUAUUUUACUGAUCAAUUUGCUUCUGAAAUUAUUUACCAUAAUCGUAUAUUACGCCAUAAAUGUCGUACUUUUGAUCCUACUUCUGCUUCAGCUUAUUAUUUACCGUUCUAUGCUGGUCUCGCCGUCGGUAAAUAUUUAUGGUCAGAUAAUUACACUUCCGUUCAUCGUGAUUAUCAUUCCGUGAAGUUGCUUAGGUGGGUACAGAAACAGGUUUAUUUUAAGAGAUCAAAGGGUUGGGAUCAUUUCAUCAUGUUGGGUAGAAUUAGUUGGGAUUUUAGAAGAUCAAAGGAUAAUGAUUGGGGGUCUAGUUUUAUUUACAUGCCUGCGAUGCAUAAUAUCACUAGGUUAUUGAUCGAAAGAAAUCCAUGGGAUUAUUUUGAUAUUGGCGUACCUUAUCCUACUGGAUUUCACCCUAAGAAUGAAUCGGAGCUGACUCAGUGGCAAGAUUUUGCACGUACACGUGUAAGAAAAACUUUGUUCUCAUUUGCCGGAGCUACAAGGGGUACGAUUAAGAAUGAUUUUAGAGGGUUACUGUUGGAUCAGUGUAAAGAUAGUGGGAAUCGGUGUAAAAUCGUUGAUUGUGGUGGGAAUCGGUGUGUUAAUGGUAGUUCAGCGAUACUCGAAACGUUUUUGGAAUCGGAUUUUUGUUUACAACCAAGAGGCGAUAGUUUUACAAGGAGAUCAAUUUUUGACUGUAUGAUUGCCGGUUCGAUUCCGGUUUUCUUCUGGCACCGGUCUGCUUAUUAUCAGUACGAAUGGUUUUUACCAAGCGAGCCGGAGAGUUACUCGGUUUAUAUAGACCGGAGAGAUGUGAUUAAUGGAACCUCUAUUAGAGGUGUACUAGAAAAGUUCAGUAAAAAUGAAGUGAGGAAAAUGAGAGACAAAGUGAUCGAGUAUGUACCUAAAUUUGUGUACGCUGAUUCUAGAGAUGGAUUAGGGUCGUCUACACAAGAUGCUUUUGAUGUUGCCAUUGAUGGGGUUUUGAAGAGGUUUAAGGCACAUAGGAAUAUGUGGGAUACAAAAGAUGAAAAUACUACCAUUAGAAAGUUACUGAAAUAAAGAAAUUACAUAGAGUGUAAGUAAUUGGUUUAGGAUAUUGGGGGAGGAUAGACGAUGAUUUGUGUACAAUCUUUUGUUAUAUUCGUUGGUGAGAAUUUUACUACUACGUACUUUUCUUUUUUACUUUUUCUUUUUGGAUACUAAUAUAGGGAGAUUAUAUAAUCAUUAUGCAUUAUGCUAAAUGCUUAAUAAUUUAAUUUAAUUAUGACAAUAAUGAAUCCAAAGCAUAUGCUUAAAGAUGAUAUGGAGAAGCCUUAAAAUGGAGGUCAAGCUUUGUCGUCUAAUCGAGUUUAAGAAUUUAUUCCA